AUGUCAGAUUGGGAUUCAGUUACUGUUAUUGGUCAAAAAGCCAGAGUCGGUGGUGGUGGUCCAAGAGAAACCGUUGCUAGAACUCAAGCUCAAGUUAACGCCGCCAGAAGAUCUGGUUUAGUUGUUGGUACUGAAAAGAAAUACGGUUCUGCCAACACCAAAUCUAAUCCAGAAGGUCAAAGAUUAACUAAAUUAGAUGCCACCGAUGAUGUUGUUGCCGUUAAGAAGGUUGAUCAAAGUGUAGGUAAAGCUAUUCAAAAAGCUAGACAAGAAAAAAAAUUCACCCAAAAAGAUUUGGCCACCAAAGUUAAUGAAAAACCAAACGUUAUCAAUGAUUACGAAGCUGGUAGAGCUGUUCCAAACCAACAAUUGUUGGGUAAAUUAGAAAGAGCUUUGGGUGUUAAAUUGAGAGGUAAGAAUAUUGGUGAACCUUUGUUUGCUAAGAAGAAAUAA